GGUGUUACGAGCCGAGAUCCGUUUUAGAGCUGUCUGUCAGCACGAGGUACAGGUGAAACGCAUUGCCAGUGAUGUCGCUGGUACCUGACUGCCGGUCAGUGUUUGACUGCUCCCAGGACCGAGGUCUUCUGGAUGGGCUACAAGAGGUCAAUUCUGUCCAGAGUCUGUCCCUACCUGCUCAGACACACUCUCCACAUGAAGAUCGUGGUGGCUUGUUUCUCAUGAUGGGAGAGAUGGAUGUUUCUGAUGCGCUGAAUUCCUGAUUAGAGUCUCCAAGAAGAAAACCAAGUUACGCUUUCCAGGUGACCUAUCCAGCAUCUCUGGUUCAGAAUCUGAUGACGAUGCUUCCGACAGUGACUGAGGUUACCACGGCGAUGGUAACAGCCCUCCAGAGGCCCACAACAGAUGCCUGUCCUGCAGUUGUCUUCCGGAACACCAGGGGGCAGUAUCUCCCCAUCUACCACUGCAUACUGCACAGCAACAAGAUGGAAAGCAAGACUGUGCUUGCAGCCUCUCUCCAGAAUCUCAGUAACAAGUCUGUGUGGGUCAUCCUGAUGACUGGAGGAGGGCACAUUGCAGGCACAGUUUUCCAAGGGAGGGAAGUUCUGCAGCACAAGACUUUCCAUCGGUACACUGUGCGAGCGAAGCAAGGCAUGGCACAGGGGCUCCAGGAUGGGCAGAACCGCAAUCACACGCCCAAAUCCACCGCCGCUGCCCUGCGCCAGAGAGUUAACCAAGGAUAUUCAGGACCUGCUGGAGAGCUGGUCAGAGCAUCUGAAUGGAGCCAGGGCCAUCUUCAUGAAACCCCCCAGCUAUAACCAUGCCAUGUUCAUAGGGGCAAGGCUGCUUCGCUGAACAGGAGUGACCCGCGCAACCUGCCCUUCCCCACCCGCUGUGCCACCUUCCGAGAGAUCAAGAAAGUGCAUGAGAUUCUCGCCACACGGUAUGCAACAGCAGCAGGCCCGAUGAUCCAUAUCAUGUAUAAUAAAUAGCUUACCUAGAGCGCUGCCCUUACAGUAUAAGGGUCAUCAAUUUAAACUCGGUGCUUUGACAUUCCUGAAA